UCCUCGCUGGGACUCCCAGCCCCGGCACUGGGCAGGAGCGGGGCCGUACCCCAAAGCGGCAGAGUCCGGCUCUCCUGGGGGGUCCCAGCACCUUUCCAGCCUCUGCUGUGAGCAGCGAUGGAGACCGGUCGUGUCCUGGGAGCUGGGGCCGUGCUGGUGGCGCUGGUGGUGCUGGGAGCCCAGCCGGGCGGUGGCCAGGAGACCUCAGGGUUUUUCCAGGAGAUGACUAAGGCUGAGUGUCACUACCUCAACGGCAGAAAGCAGGUGAAGUUUCUGGUGAAGGACAUCUACAACCGGGAGCAGAGGGCGCACUUUGACAGCGAUGUGGGUCACUUUGUGGCCGACACCCUCCUGGGUGAGCCAGAUGCCAAGUACUGGAACAGCCAGCCGGACAUACUGGAGAGGCAUCGGGCUGGGGUGGACACGUUCUGCCGACACAACUACGAGGUGUCGACCCCUUUCAUCGUGGAGAGGAGAGUUGAGCCCAAGGUGAGGGUCUCCCCCAUGCAGUCGAGCUCCCUGCCCCAGACCAACAGGCUGGUUUGCUACGUGACGGGGUUUUACCCCGCGGAGAUUGAGGUGAAGUGGUUCAAGAACGGGCAGGAGGAGACGGAGCACGUGGUGUCCACGGACAUGAUCCAGAACGGAGACUGGACCUACCAGGUGCUGGUGAUGCUGGAAACCACCCCGCAGCGCGGGGACACCUACGUGUGCCAGGUGGAGCACGUCAGCCUGCAGCACCCCAUCACCCAGCAGUGGGAGGUGCAGUCGGACGCCGCCAGGAGCAAGAUGCUCACGGGGGUGGGGGGCUUCGUGCUGGGACUCAUCUUCCUGGCGCUGGGGCUCUUCCUCUACAUGCGCAAGAAGGGUGCCUCGUUCCCCAGGCUGCAGAGCUCCUGAAUGAACUCCUGCCCCUGCGGAUCUGCUCUGCCGCUGUCCGUCCUCUGCCCCCCAGCGUCGCCUCUGCCUCACGCUGCCCCGUCCCAGAGGCCCCUGUCCCCGCACUGAUCCCCGGGGUCACCCCCUCCCUCCCA